GCUGUGUAUGGCCGUUUACCCGCUCGCGCCGCAUGACCACCCCAAUCGUCCUAGCAUGUCCCUCCACAGUAUAUAUACUAGCAGCCCCCCCUUGUUUUCUCUUCUCCUUGUCCACUGCAUAAUAUGCCAAACAAAGAAGAGGACAGCAUAUUCAACCAAGAACUCCAGCUCUAUGUAGUAGAGACCCACGCGCCAUAUACCUCCUGGCCCGGCUGCAUCUCUCCCUAUGCACAGCUCAAACACAUCCUCCAGGUCUGGUUCGAAGACUCCCACGAGGAAGAGUACUUGGCCACUGGUUCCGCCGACGAGCUCGACCUAGAGGGGUGGCGCUUUGAGGUCUAUCCGGAGGGGAGACCGAAGGAAGACGGCGAAGAUGCCAAGGGCGUUGUCAUUAAUGGGGACGAGUCUCCGAUCGCACUCGGUAUCCUCAAUGCCGGCAUCAUCUACGCCACCCGUAUCACCCCCACCGUCUCUCCCAUUACCACCACCCCUUCGUAUGCAGCAUGCACACGCCCGAGCACGACGAGGUCGAGCUCGUAUGCGUCGUAUGGGGGUGGGGGCUAUCAAGCACCGACGGAAAGGGCUAGUGCGAUGGUCGAGAGGGCCGACCGAUGUGCUUCUGGCCCGAGCAUGUAUCCGAGCUCGCUGCCUAUGCGCUCUUAGUCUCGAUGGCCCGCGCACGCCAUACCCAACACUUUUCUAUUUCGGGUGCUCUGUAUCUACAGCUUUCGGCGCUGUGCCGCUUGCUUCGCAGAGGUUACGUUAUUGCUCUCCGUUGAGAGUCUCAUGUAGCGGUACUAUAGCAUUAUAUAUGUCAAGAACUUCAUUCUCUUCUUUCACCACCCUCUUUUUUCUAUCUUAUGGUACAUAAACGGGAACUAAAUUACUGGAUGUAUGAUAUAACAAUCCUU